AUGGAUAUGGAUGCUUCAAUCCAUGACCAGGCCCGGGCUCGGAUAGAGAAGCUCUUGGCCGUGGAUUCGCGCGGCAGCAAGUUGAAAACUUACACUCAUGUCAGAAACUUCAAGUACAUCAAGUCGGUGCUUGGCGGCGUCGAUGAGAACCUGCUUGAUGUUGGGGUGAACGACAUCUUGAUGGACCUUGGAAUCUCAUCCAUACAGGUGGAUGACUCUACAAGGGGAUUUAGUGUGCAAGGUGAUGGACCUUUAGAUAUGCGCAUGAAUCCUCAGGCAAGUUUGACAGCUGAAGAGAUAUUGAAUUCUUGGCCUGCUGCGGAAGUGGGAAAGGUACUACGUGAAUAUGGAGAAGAAAGCAAUUGGCAAUUUAUUCAGAAUCAAAUUGUUGAAGCUCGUGCACAAGGGGGAUUGCAUACUACAGAUGAACUUGUGCAUCUUGUGAGAAGAGCAUCAUCCAAGUCAGGAGGUAAAGCUGAUAGUUUGGGGAAAAAUGUUUUGGAGGCGCUUAAGGAAAUGAUUCCAAGCAGAGAUGAAGAGAUCAAAUUGAAACAAUAUAAAUAG